GAUGAAUUAUUUAAUACUUAUAUCUCCAACAUAGAAAAGAAAAAACAAGAACAUACGUAAAUAAUAAUAAACAUUAUUUUUAAAGUUUGGCGUGCUUGUAACUUAAAUAUCAAUAUUUUACGAACACCACUCGUCGCUCUUAGGUACAUUCGAUCGGAGGUACAAUAUACAAUCAAGUAAUUAACACUCUCAAAAGACAAACCCUAAACUUAAGCAACACUUAAUCUCAUUCUUUAGUAAAGGUGAAUCAAAAGUUUCAUCCAAAUUCAAUGGCUAAGUCCACAAUUAGCACAAUGGGGAAUGUUUUUAAGUGACUUUGAUUAGGGUUACUUAAAAAUUGUAUUAGUAUAAUGCACAUGCUAUUUGCACACAAUUAGGAUCUAAACACUAGUGUACAUGCAUGCAUGGUAACAUUCAAUUUUCUAUAAAUACCUAAUAAAUUAUCCCUCCAAUAUAUCAUCCAAAUCAAUUUCCAAUUUCAUACAUACUAUACAUUAUAUUAACAAGAUCAAUCAACAAUGAUUUCACCUAAAAUCCCCACAAUUUUCAUAUCUUUUGCAUUAAUAUUAAUAUCAUUCUUGAUAACAUCGUCCUCGGCGCAGAGCGCGCCCCAAGACUACGUCAAUUGCCACAAUACCCCUCGGGGGCAAGUGGGGGUGGGCCCCGUCGUCUGGAACACGACCCUCGCCAGUUACGCGCAGACCUACGCCAACCAGAGGGUGGGCGACUGCGCGCUGACGCACUCGACCGGGCCGUACGGCGAGAACCUGGCCAAGGGCAGCAGCAGCACUUUCACCGGGGUGGCCGCGGUGAAUCUGUGGGCGGCGGAGAAGCAGUACUACACCUACGCCACGAACACGUGCAGCGCGGGGAAACAAUGCGGGCACUACACGCAGAUCGUGUGGCGCGAGUCGGUGCGCAUUGGGUGCGCGAGGGUCAAGUGCAACAACGGGUGGUACUACGUCGUUUGCAGCUACGACCCGCCGGGCAAUUGGGUCGGGGAGUGGCCUUAUUAGACAUAAAAAAAA